AUGGACGAUAACCGCACUAUUGAGGCUCGACAAGCCAUUCUGAAGGACCAAAAGAUGGCCCCGACCAUGCAAGUCUUCUGUGACUUGAAAACCAAUGGAGCAUCAACCAAGGGUCUUAAUGCUACUAAAGGUGGUGAUAAGCGCCCAGAACAUGGGCCGCUAGCGUUCAAUAAGACUAAGUGUACCUUAGGUACCGUAUCGCAAAAGUACGAGUCCUUUCUGCAAAAUAUCCUCGAAUUCGACAGGAUGGACUGA